ACGAAAACAAUCAGUUCAUACUAUCACCAAGACUGGAAUUGCUAACAAGAAGACAUGACACUGAGAAAUUCCAUCAAACACCUGAGACGCAUCACCUCCUCCCCCACCCAACCCCCUCCCCACCGCCGCCGCCAUAACAGCAACCAAGAACCGCCGCCGCCACACCACCACCCAGACCCACACUCCCUCCUAAACCAAGACCCAAUCCAACUCCUCUCCUCCCUCUGGAUCAAAUGCCAAACCCACCCCACCAAACCCUUCCCCAACCUCACCGGCUUCCUCUCCAACCUCGACCUCUGGGUCCUCUCCUACCAGCGCGCCUCGGCCCACCUCACCGCCUCCUUCCCUCCCAAAUCCUCCCUCCCCUCCCACACCCUCCUCUCCCUCCUCUCCCUCCAAAACGCAGUCGUCAAAGGCCGCUUCCAGUGGAACUCCCCAACCCAGCUCCACAUCCUUAGCCCUAAUCCCGCCAAACUGCUAUCUCCUUCUUUUUUCCAAGACCGUGUUGUUCAGGAAGUGCUCUUAAUGAUCCUCGAACCGGUUUUCGAGCCCCGGUUCUCGCCGAGGUCGCACGGGUUCCGGCCCGGGCGGAACCCGCACACGGCUAUUCGGACCAUCCGGAGUGGUUUCGCGGGGUACCUGUGGUUCUUGAAAGGGGAUGUGAGUGGGAUGUUUGAACAUGUUGAUGUGAAUGUGGUGAUGGGUUGUGUUGGUAAGGCUGUCAAGGAUAAGAAAGUUUUGGGUCUGAUUAAAGGGGCAUUUAGGGCACCGAUGAACGACAAUGGAGGAGCUAGGUGCAGUAGUGGAGGUAAAGAAGAGUUUGGAAAGAAGAGGAAGAAGAAGAAAACUGGUUCAAGUAAGAAAAAGAUUCUAAAUGCAGAUGAGCCGAAGCUGGACCCGUAUUGGUUGAGAAUUUUUGAUAGUUUUGCGCCCGAGGAGGCUUUCAAGGUACCCAAUUAUGGGUGUUGUGGAAUUCUUAGUCCUUUGUUGGCUAAUGUAUGCCUUAAUGAAUUGGAUCAUAUGAUGGAAGAGAAACUUGUUGAGUUUUUUAGGCCGUCCAAGCUUGAUUCGAUAUGGAAAAGUUCAUUGGAUGAUGGUAGUCAUAACCCUGCUUGGCCAGAGUUUGUUCCAUCAAGUGGGGAGGAUAGAACGAGGAAAAUGGAUUACCUUCGUUAUGGUGGUCAUUUCUUAGUUGGGAUUCGAGGACCUAGAGAAGAGGCGUUGAGAAUUCGGAAGGAAAUAAUUGACUUUUGUGAGAGCAAAUAUGGGUUAAGUUUGGAUAAUUCAAAGGUGGAGAUAGAACACAUCAGCAGAGGAAUCCAGUUCCUGGACCAUAUAAUUUGUCUCCGGGUGAUACACCCAACUCUUCGAUACACUGCCACUGGUGGUGAAAUUGUGAGCAAGAAAGGUGUUGGUACUUUGCUUUCAGUUACAGCUAGCUUACAACGAUGUAUUCGUCAAUUCAGGCAGCUUGAGCUCAUUAAGGGUGAUAAGGAUCCAGAGCCACUGCCUUGUACGCCAAUGCUCUAUUCAGGUCAAGCUCAUACUAAUGAACAGAUGAACAAGUUUCUUGAGACCAUGGCAGAUUGGUACAGAUAUGCAGAUAACCGCAAAAAAGUUGUUGCUUUUUUUGCAUAUGUGAUACGUGGUUCUCUUGCUAAACUGUAUGCUGCAAGGUAUAGAUUGAAAUCUCGUGCCAAGGUAUACAAGAUAGCUUCGCGUGAUCUCAGUAAUCCACUGAGGGUGAGUAAUAAGAGUUCUGUACCUGAGUACUCUGAUCUUCUGAGUAUGGGACUUGUUGAUAAGAUAGAAGGUGUGCAGUUCUCUCGCAUGUCUUUGAUUCCUUCUUGUGAUUACACUCCGCUCCCAAGGAACUGGGUCCCGAAUCAUGAGAGGGUUUUGCAUGAGUACAUCAGAUUGCAAGACCCAAAAUUCUUCUGUGCAUUACACAGGUCAAUCAAACAAGAGGCUCUGAGUGUGCCUCAAGAUGAGAUAUCGGAGAUUUUGUGGGACUGUAAAACACUUGGUGUUCAUAGACUGUUAUCUAAUCCUAAAUGAAAUGAAAAACGAUUAAAAGAAUGUAUUGGUAGUUUGGUACCUACAGAUCUGAGUAAUAGAACCAGAGAAUCUAUUUAAGACCUCAAGGAACUUAAUUGCUGGCGCUUUUUGGUAGCACGUUUCCUCAAAAAGAUUGUGGGCAUUGUGUAUCUGCGUAAUGGUCAGAUGCGCACUAAGCGCAGUAUUUUUCGGACCCUAAUAGCCGCUGUACCUGCGAGGAAGUUUGCGAAAUAGCAUAGGACAGUGCAUAGCAAGGGGCUCGUAAAGCAAGCUUUCGGUUUCUCAUAUUUGGUUAACUGCCAUCAGGUUUUUCUGAACUCUCCCUUUAUUUGCUAACAAAAUUAAUGGAAUUCUUUCAUGAUUUUGUUUUUAUGUAACUUAUGGUAAAAACGAUUAGGGUAAAUCACAAAGAUGUAUGUUAAUUGCAAUCCUACACUGAUCUUCCUGAGCUUCAUCAAUAAUACCAUUUUUCCACCUCAGUUUUGGAGCUACAUGGUUAGAAUUUUCCUGGAGACUUGAGUAAAGUGGAGAAUUGAAGGCAAAGUUACCUAAAUGUCAGAAGUGUUUUAUGUCUGAAGCAUGUAGGGAUAUUCAUAUUGUGGAUAUUUCAGUAACAUGUUUUUAAAACUAAGAGGACUUAUGGACCCUUCUCACCCUUUCACCUCCAUUCUCAGGACAAUAGUAUGAAGCCAGAAUGAGUGAGAGAACCACCAGAAGUUUCUUGGAGGGAGAGGGAGGGACAGUUGAGAGGAGGGAGAGAGUACAUUUUCUCUCCGAAACAAGUGUAGGACGAUGAUACGGCUUCUCCUUUUUGCUUACAGGACCUUAGACAAAAGCAUUGGUAUGUUAGAGAUAGAAGACAACAAUCUUCAUAUCUGAAAUGAUGGGGUGAAGAAAGAAGUAUUCAGAUAAAACCUGACCUGAGAUGAAGUCCCAAUCAAUAUUAACCCUUUCUGGGCUCAAGCAUCUGAAAUGGUUGCGAAUAAUGAUCAAGGUAAGUCUUCUCACUGUCGUACCUUUUUGAUGGAAAAAAAGUCUUGGCUGUGAGCCGCUUAUAUAAGUGGUGACAUUUCAAACUGGGUUUUGGAUAUCAUUCGUCUCAUUCGAGAUGAUUGCUUUAUAAUGAAAUGAUUUUGCUAAAUUUUUCAUAUUUUUUCAGUAAACUGCACAAGAACCCCGUCCCUUUAAUUUGCGACCGUGAAAAGGAAAACCUAGGCGACUUGAGCAUCAUACUUUGGAUUCUCUUGUUCUCUCAUUCAGCUUGUCAUGGUACACGAUUUAAUCCAUGUUGUUGAAACCAUUUUUCAGGUAAAAAGGAAAGGAUCAGUAGCUUGAGGAUCGUUUUAGUGUAGGAGAUUUUGUGUUAGACCUAAAAUGCCACACAUGUUUUCUGUUUUAUUGCAAGGCCUUAGAGAAAAUGAAUUAUUGUGUUAAACAGUGGAAUAUUGCAAGGCUUGAAAGUUAUAAAGUUCUUACUAUCAGAACAUGUACUUGUACAUUUUUCAACAAUCAACCCAAAACUUAAUGGGAAGCUCCUUUAUUCUUGGUUGUUUCAUGAAAUAUAUUUAGUUGAUUGGCCUUCGUGAGGUAAAGUCCUUAAAAUUCGUUGAGGGGUUCAGAUGCAAGAAAACCGCUUGAGCCGGUUUGUUUACUACGUUUGUUGAGUGGACCUUGGCGGCUUUACGCUCAGGUAUAUUCGUUUUAGGCAACCCUACUUUCCACAUUUUCCCAUCCCUCAAACCAUGUUACUAAACUUUCUUGCGCAAUUUGAUUUCGUGACUUUUAGGCACACCUUGAUGCAAAGCCUUUCUGGAAUAAAAGACUUCACCGGAGCAUUUGCCCAUCCUUCGACUCUAGGGGCACCCACAUCAGAUGAAGAGCGUGAAAUUGUAGGAAGUCAUGUUUAGGUUUGCAAAGGGCAAAGGGUUGGCUUGGGAAACCUCUUCGGCUUGUAAGGAUAAAAGAGAGUCAGACGAUGGCCAGAGCUAUUCUAGGAAUCACUCUAGCAAAGUAGUAAUGAAGAAGGAUAAAGCAUAUGACAAAGCGGCGUUCUGUCAACAUGCUAAAGGAGAGUGGUAUCAGAAUUAAGGCUCAAAAGUCAGAACACCCAAGUUGAUCCAUCCUCAACAAAAACAUGUAUUCAACUCUUUAAAACACAAUGGAGGAGUUCGUGGACCCAUCGCUGUUUGUCAAGACUUUUAACAAGCUUGCUGAGGGCCUUAGCAUGGUGCGCGCUUGGGUCAGUAACCUUCCUUGAGGCCAGUCAGUUGACGAUGUCAGUAUGGUGGUUGUUAGGUCCUUCUUCGAUGUGGUUCUGGGUUGUUUUCUGUUUGUCAUAGGUGCAAUUUAAUCUCCUGUUGGUUGUAUGCGGUCGUAUAGGUUGUCUUAGGUUUAAUUUCUUGUUGGUCGUUGGCUGUCGUAGGUUUAAUUUCCUGUUUUUGUUUUACUAUGUAGUAACAGAAUGCUUCGAACUAUGCUGAUAAAAAAAAAAAAAGAAUGCUUCGAACUAUUGCAGUUCUUGUUCAAUGAAUAAAGUAAUUUUGUGAGUUUUU